CCUGGCGUGUAGCUCUGCUUGACGGCCGGCACGCGGUCUCCACUGUUCCUCUGGCUGCGGGCGACCCUCGGCGCUGUGAUCCGGCCGCACCGCCCUGCACGCCGCCCUCUCACGGCAGCCGCUGCACAUCGCACCCCGAGCUCACCGCCGCCCUCACCCACAUCCGCGCCUUUGAGGUCCCACUGAGUCCUGACGCCGGGUGGGCGGCGCAGGGGGACCAGGCCAGCACAUCCACCCUAUGGGGGCACCCAGAUAAUGCGGGUUGGGGGCGCCUGCACCCCCCAUCCUCGCCAACAUGGCUCGGCCGCCGUCCCUUGGGGAGCUGCCGCCCAGCUACACACCCCCAGCUCGAACAUCGGCUCCCCAGACCCUAGCUGGGAGCCUGAAGGCUCCUCUCUGGCUUCGCGCUUACUUCCAGGGACUGCUCUUCUCUCUGGGCUGCGGGAUCCAGAGACACUGUGGCAAAGUGCUCUUCCUGGGACUGUUGGCGUUUGGGGCCCUGGCACUGGGUCUCCGUGUGGCCAUCAUUGAGACAGACCUCGAGCAGCUAUGGGUAGAAGUGGGCAGCCGGGUGAGCCAGGAGCUGCACUACACCAAGGAAAAGCUGGGGGAGGAGGCUGCAUACACCUCCCAGAUGCUGAUACAGACUGCACGCCAGGAAGGGGAGAGUGUCCUCACACCGGAGGCGCUUGGCCUCCACCUCCAGGCAGCCCUCACAGCCAGCAAAGUGCAAGUCUCGCUCUAUGGAAAGUCCUGGGAUUUGAACAAAAUCUGCUACAAGUCAGGAGUUCCCGUCAUUGAAAAUGGAAUGAUUGAGCGGAUGAUCGAGAAGCUGUUUCCGUGUGUGAUCCUUACCCCCCUCGACUGCUUCUGGGAGGGAGCCAAGCUCCAAGGGGGCUCUGCUUACCUGCCGGGCCACCCGGAUAUCCAGUGGACCAACCUGGAUCCAAAGCAGCUGCUGGAGGAGCUAGGCCCCUUUGCCUCCCUUGAGAGCUUCCGGGAGCUGCUAGACAAGGCGCAGGUGGGCCAGGCCUAUGUGGGGCGGCCAUGCCUGCACCCCGAUGACCUCCACUGCCCACCUAGUGCCCCCAACUAUCACAGCAGGCAGGCUCCCAAUGUGGCUCAGGAGCUGAGCGGGGGCUGCCAUGGCUUCUCCCACAAGUUCAUGCGCUGGCAGGAGGAAUUGCUGCUAGGGGGCAUGACCAGAGACCCCCGAGGACAGCUGCUGAGGGCAGAGGCCCUGCAGAGCACCUUCCUGUUGAUGAGUCCCCGCCAGCUGUAUGAGCACUUCCGGGGCGACUACCAGACGCACGACAUUGGCUGGGGUGAGGAGCAGGCCAGCACCGUGCUGCAAGCCUGGCAGCGGCGCUUUGUGCAGCUGGCCCAGGAGGCCCUGCCUGAGAACGCAACCCAGCAGAUCCACGCCUUCUCCUCCACCACCCUGGAUGACAUCUUGCAUGCCUUCUCAGAAGUCAGUGCCGCCCGUGUGGUGGGAGGCUAUCUGCUUAUGCUGGCGUAUGCCUGCGUGACAAUGCUGCGGUGGGACUGUGCUCAGUCCCAGGGUGCCGUGGGCCUGGCCGGGGUGCUGCUGGUGGCCCUGGCCGUGGCCUCAGGCCUCGGGCUCUGUGCACUGCUCGGCCUCGCCUUCAAUGCUGCCACCACCCAGGUGCUGCCUUUCUUGGCACUGGGCAUCGGCGUGGAUGACAUAUUCCUGCUGGCACAUGCCUUCACAGAGGCUCCACCUGGCACCCCUCUCCAGGAGCGCAUGGGCGAGUGUCUGCAGCGCAUGGGCACCAGCGUCACACUCACAUCCGUCAACAACAUGGUCGCCUUCUUUAUGGCGGCCCUAAUACCCAUCCCUGCACUGCGGGCCUUCUCCCUGCAGGCAGCCAUAGUGGUUGGCUGCAACUUUGCAGCCGUGAUGCUUGUCUUCCCAGCCAUCCUCAGCAUGGACCUGCACCGGCGCCACUGCCAGCGCCUUGAUGUGCUCUGCUGCUUUCCUAGCCCCUGCUCUGCUCGAGUGAUUCAGAUUCUGCCCGAGGACCUGGGGGAUAGGACGGUCCCAGUGGGCAUUGCCCACCUGACUGCCACAGUUCAAGCCUUUACCCACUGUGAUGCCAGCAGCCAGCAUGUGGUCACCAUCCUGCCUCCCCAAACCCACCUGGCACCCCCACAUUCUGACCCAUUGGACUCUCAGCUCUUCAGCCCAGGAGGGUCCACACGGGACCUUCUAGACCAGGAGGAGGGGACAAGGCAGAAAGCGGCCUGCAGGUCCUUGCCCUGUGCUCGCUGGAAUCUUGCCCAUUUUGCCCGCUAUCAGUUCUCACCCUUGUUGCUACAGUCACACACCAAGGCCCUGGUGCUGUUGCUCUUUGGGGCUCUUCUGGGCCUGAGCCUCUACGGAGCAACCUUGGUGCAGGAUGGCCUGGCCCUGACUGACGUGGUGCCUCGGGGCACCAAGGAGCAUGCCUUCCUGAGCGCCCAGCUCAGGUACUUCUCCCUGUACGAGGUAGCCCUGGUGACCCAGGGUGGCUUCGACUACACCCACUCCCAACGCGCCCUCUUUGAUCUACACCAGCACUUCAGUUCCCUCAAGGCCGUGCUACCCCCACCAGCCACCCAAGUGCCCCGCACCUGGCUGCACUAUUACCGCAACUGGCUACAGGGAAUCCAGGCUGCGUUCGACCAGGACUGGGCUUCUGGGCGCAUUACCCGCCACUCCUACCGCAAUGGCUCAGAGGAUGGGGCCCUGGCCUACAAGCUACUCAUCCAGACCGGGGAUGCCCAAGAGCCCCUGGAUUUCAGCCAGCUGACCACAAGGAAGCUGGUGGAUGAGGAGGGCCUGAUUCCCCCGGAGCUCUUCUACAUGGGGCUGACUGUGUGGGUGAGCAGUGACCCCCUGGGUCUGGCAGCCUCGCAGGCCAACUUCUACCCACCACCCCCUGAAUGGCUGCAUGACAAGUACGACACCACGGGGGAGAACUUUCGCAUCCCAGCCGCCCAGCCCCUGGAGUUCGCCCAGUUCCCCUUCCUACUACGCGGCCUCCAGAAGACAGCGGACUUUGUGGAGGCCAUUGAGGGGGCCCGAGCAGCCUGCGCGGAGGCAGGCCGGGCCGGGGUGCGCGCCUACCCUAGUGGCUCCCCCUUCCUCUUCUGGGAGCAGUAUCUGGGCCUCCGGCGCUGCUUCCUGCUGGCCGUCUGCAUCCUGCUGGUGUGCACUUUCCUCGUGUGUGCCCUGCUGCUACUCAACCCCUGGGUGGCUGGCCUCAUAGUGCUGGUCCUGGCAAUGAUGACUGUGGAGCUCUUUGGCAUCAUGGGCUUCCUGGGCAUCAAGCUGAGUGCCAUCCCCGUGGUGAUCCUCGUGGCCUCUGUAGGCAUUGGUGUCGAGUUCACGGUCCAUGUGGCCCUGAGCUUCCUGACCGCCCAGGGAAGCCAGAACUUGCGGGCCGCCCAGGCCUUGGAGCACACGUUUGCCCCCGUGACCGAUGGUGCUGUCUCUACAUUGCUGGGUCUGCUGAUGCUUGCUGGCUCCAACUUUGACUUCAUCGUAAGGUACUUCUUCAUUGUGCUGACGGUACUCACCCUCCUGGGCCUCCUCCAUGGGCUUGUGCUGCUGCCGGUGCUGCUGUCCAUCCUGGGCCCGCCACCAGAGGUGGUACAGAUGUACAAGGAGAGCCCAGAGGUUCUGAGCCCGCCAGCUCCACAAGGAGGGCUCAGGUGGGGGGCACCUCCCACCCUAACCCAGGGCUUUGCCAGAGUGACUACCUCCAUGACCGUGGCCCUACACGCGCCCCCGCUGCCUGGUGCCUACAUCCAUCCCACCUCUGAGGAUCCUGCUUGGUCCCCUGCUGCUACCCCAGCUGCUAGUGCCCCUGACAACCUCAGUUCUAGGGGGCCGUGUGCAGCUACUGGGUGAAAGGGCAGCUGAAGCCUGGAGACCCUGCUUGGGCCACACAUAGUCCCUGGAAAGCAAUGGCUGGGGUAUUGAAUUCAGGAUGGACCCCUGAGGGGUCCCGCUGCAGCUGCUGCUGUCUACAUCACCCCCACCCCACACCCAGCCAUCACAGAUCUCCUCAGUACCCAUGCAAAACAGACACCCCGAAGCUGAGCAGCCCUGUACAUCCCAGGGACUGUGUGUAUAAAUGUGUCUGUCCCCACCUAGGGGUGAAAGCCUGGAUGUGAGCAGAUGUGAGCAUGUGUGGAAGAAGUGCCUGGGCCGGUGUCAAGCUGUAGGGGUGAAAGCCAGCACUUGAGGCUGCAGUGCAGCCUGUCUCCCCACUUCACCCCCACCCCCACUGCUGCCCUCCCAGCAGACUAAGCCUGAGGGGCCCAUUAGCACCCUGUACCACUCCCGGCCGCCACCCCCCGCCUCGGUGACCUCCCCCCAGGGUGAUCUCUCUCUAUCCCUGUCCACCUUCUAUCACAUAAAUUAUUUAUAUGAAGAGGUUUAUUUUUGUAGUUUGUAUAGAUGUUAGCUAUGCUGAAAGUUUUAUUUUUAAAGAGUAAAAUAUAUUCUAUAUGAAUUCAUCUCAAAUGACUUCGGUGGUUUUCUUCCCGGCAGAGUUGGAAGUUUGCAGGUGGAGCUCAGAUAUUGGAGGUGGCUUAUGGGGUGUCAGGGCCUGAGGUCCUGGGGCUUCUCUGGUCCAGGGCAGGAAAAUAUCCAAGUUCUGAACUUCAGUUGUAUAACUUCGGUCUGUUUAUUCACCUAGCAAGUGAGGAUGAUGCUCAGCAAUCAGCUAUUGGCCGUAUGCUUGGUAACGAGAUCGGGGUUAGUGGCUAGUGCACAAAAAUGAUACAAGCGUUUUUGGUCUCAAACCCUACUGUGUGACUCAAGAGCCAUAAUAAUCUAAGCCUACCCACCUCUGCAGAUUCAUCUCCCACCUUCCUGUUUCAGCAGCAU